GAUUAGAGAAGGCUGAGGAACAAGCGGAGCCCAUGAUGCCUGUAAGAAACGUCCUUGUCACGGGAUGCUCUUCUGGAAUAGGUUUGGCUAUUGCCGUAAAACUGGCCAGGGAUGAGCAGAGAAGAUUCAAAGUUUAUGCCACCAUGCGCAAUCUGGCAAAACAGGAUGCUCUUGUUGGAGCUGCGGAAGAAUGCAUGGGUAAAACUAUGGAAGUAAAACAGCUUGACGUUUGCUGCGAAGAAUCCAUUAGGAACUGCGUUAAUAGCAUUCCGGACAGAAAAGUUGAUAUUCUAGUCAGCAAUGCUGGAAUGGGGCUUAUUGGUCCAAUUGAAUGCCAAAGCAUAGAAGAAAUGAAAACUGUGAUGGACACAAACUUCUUUGGUCUAGUUCGGCUCCUAAAAGAAAUACUACCUGACAUGAAGAAGAGGAAAAAGGGACAUAUAGUAAUUAUUAGCAGUGUUAUGGGAAUACAAGGUAUAUUGUUUAACGAUGUUUAUGCCGCCUCCAAGUUUGCUGUUGAAGGCUUCUGUGAAAGUCUAGCAAUACAGGCUUUGAAGUUCAAACUGCACCUGAGUCUCAUUGAACCCGGACCUGUUAUCACAGAGUUUGAAAGGAAAGUUUAUGACGAUGGAAUGAAAAUGGACCUUUCUGCUGUCGACCAGGAAACUGCUGAAAUGUUCACAAAUGUGUAUCUUAAAAAUUACAAAUCUAUCUUCCAAAGUCUGGGUCAGACAGCGGAGGAUGUGGCAGAGCACACCAUGAAGAUCGUUUUGGCUGAAAAUCCUCCUUUUCGCCAUCAGACGAAUGCUCUGUACACCCCGAUGACAACACUUAAGUACGCUGAUCCUAAUGGGGACCUGCCCAUAGACACCUUCUAUAAAAUGGUCUUCCACCACGAUAAAGUUUUCAACGCAAGCCUUAAUUUCAUCAAACUGUUGAGAUGGAGAAGUACGAAGAGCUUUGACUUAGGAAAACCACAUCCACAGUAACGACUUUCAAUAUGCAAACUAUCAAUAGGCAAACUCUUAUACUCUGAUCACUAUCUAUGCAAUUUGUAUAUAUAAUUGACUGUCUGCAUUCUGGA